AUGGCAGGAUCAACUAGAUCUUCUACGGUCCAUGGAGACUCAGACCAGGAACCUGAGCAUUACAAUGAGAAAAACGCCGUUGAUGAGGCUCCUGGCCAAAAGCAAUCAGUUCUUGGAAUUGCGGGCCAGGACCUGACAGCAACAGGUCAGGACGCCUCUCAGCCUGAACGCGCAGAUGGCAAGGUUGAGCUCACCGAGGACGAUGCCUACGAUAAGCUGGGCUACUCUCUACCUGAGUGGCGGAAAUGGUCUAUCUUGGUACUGAUUCUCCUGAUUCAGACUUCAAUGAACUCCAAUGCAUCGAUGUACGGCUUUGCCGUCGAGGGCAUCUCCGAGGAGUACGGAGUUUCCGAGACCAAGGCUAGACUCGGUCAAGCAAUAUUCCUCAUAUUCUAUGCCAUCGGAUGUGAACUGUGGGCACCUUGGUCCGAGGAACUUGGGCGUUGGCCCACCCAACAGUUAUCUCUCUUUCUGGUGAACAUCUGGCAAAUUCCAAGCGCGCUAGCUCCAAAUUUCGGCACGAUACUUGUGGCACGAGCCCUUGGCGGCCUUUCAACAGCUGGAGGCUCAGUCACUCUUGGUGUUAUCGCUGACCUGUAUCAAGCAGAAGAUACGGGAUUUCAGUACGCUGUCGCUUUCGUCAUCCUCUCUUCCGUCGGCGGCGCGCCCGCGGGCGCGGUGAUAGGAGGAUUUGUCGGACAAUACCGAGAAUGGUAUUGGAUUUUCUGGACUCUGCUCAUUAUGGGCGGUAUCGUCCAAGUCGCGCAUUUCUUCCUCGUCCCAGAAACUCGCGCCACAAUUCUUCUAGACCGCGAAGCAAAGAAACGACGCAAGAAUGGCGAGCACAAUAUAUAUGGUCCUAAUGAACUUAAGCCUUUCAAAGAGCGCUUCAGCUGGAAAGAGGUCGGCAAGAUCUGGUGGCGCCCGUGGUUGAUGUUUUUCACAGAGCCCAUCGUGCUAUUCCUCUCACUUCUGUCCGGGUUUUCGGACUCUCUCAUCUUCACCUUCCUCGAAGCUUUCACACCUGUGUUUGAACAAUGGGACUUCGAGACCUAUCAGAUAGGUCUUUGUUUCUUAUCCUCCUUGAUCGGUUACGUUAUUGCAUACUUCACCUAUCUCCCUGUGAUUUGGCACCACAAUCAGACGCGCAAGAAAAAUCCAGACCUUCUUUCCCCCGAGAGCCGUCUCUGGUGGCUCUUGUUCUUGGCACCGUUGCUUGCAAUUGGCUUGAUGGGCUUCGCAUGGACGUCCCUUGGCCCGCCUCGAGUCCACUGGAUCGCACCGCUCAUUUUUACCGCGAUCGUCGGCAUUGCCAACUACUCUGUGUAUAAGUCGAGCAUUGAUUAUAUGAUUGCCGCUUAUGGACCGUAUGCAGCAUCAGCGACUGGCGGAAAUGACUUGGCUAGAGACCUCCUGGCCGGUAUUGCUGCAUUGUACGCUCAUCCAUUCUAUGAGAAUGUGGGACCUGAAGACCGAAAAUUGGUCUAUCCCUCGGUCGUGCUGGCCUGCUUGGCAGUUCUUGUGAUCAUCCCCGUGUACUAUUUCUACUUCCGAGGCGAAAAGCUCCGCAUGAAGAGCAAGUUCGCACAAGAGCUAGAGAUUGGAAGGAGAAAGAGAAUGGAGAAGAGAAGAAGCACUGCGGCAGCUAUGCGGGGCAGCGUUGCAGAGAAAGGCCAGCAGCGUGCAAGUGGCCCUGCUGCUGCUGAUCGCCAGGUCGAGCACGUGUAA